AUGGUGACGGCGGCAGAUAAUAGUGACUUUAUGCCAGGGUUUGCUCAACCCAAGCCCUAUCAUCUGAGCAGACAAAAGCUGACGCCAACCUUCGUCUUUAAUGAGGAUUUAGAUUUGGAAACCAUCGUCGGACGGAGUCAUGUUAUCAAGGGGCCUUCCAGUUCCUCGAGUUCGAUUCAUCUGCAAUGGAUCAGCAUCUAUAUGAUGGAUUACAUGAAAGGCACAAACGUCGAUGCUCUGUGGAUGCUCGGCCUGUUGAAGCCCGAGGAACAGGACGCCAUCGUCAAUGAUAUGGCGGCUAUCUUAACUCAGCUUCGAGAGUUUCACUCUCCUAAAGAUGCGGUAGUUGCAUCCGCUCAAGGCAGAGCUAUUCUUGAUUACCGCAUUGGUAGUCAUCUAGUCGGGCCAUUUCAGUCGCAUGCCAGUUUUCAUCCCUUUUUACGAGUUGGUGUUCAACUGGAAAACACAGCAAUGAAUUUUGGGGAGUUGCAACCUGUCACCACAGCAAUUACUGGACGAUAA